GCGGCGGAUGACGGAAGACUCGGGGUUUGCUUGUAGUCGUUCGGGUCGGACGGGAUGGCAGCAGCGGAGGCACAGCGCGUGAUCGUGUAUGGAGGGCGAGGCGCGCUCGGCUCUGCCUGCGUGCAGCACUUCCGAGCCAAGAGCUGGUGGGUGGCGAGUAUUGACGUCACGGCCAACGAGGAGGCGAACGCGAACGUGCUGGUCAAAUUGACCGAGUCGUUCACUGAGCAGGCGGACCAGGUGACAGCAGAUGUUUCCCAGUUGCUGGGCGAGAAAAAAGUGGACGCCAUCCUGUGCGUGGCAGGGGGAUGGGCUGGCGGCAGUGCCAAGGCCAAAGCCCUGUACAAGAACUCGGACUUGAUGUGGAAGCAGAGCGUCUGGACCUCGACCAUCUCCAGUCACUUGGCCGCAAAGCACUUAAAGGAAGGGGGCUUGCUCACGCUGGCGGGGGCCAAAGCGGCCCUCGAGGGGACCCCUGGCAUGGUGGGCUACGGCAUGGCCAAGGCUGCCGUCCACCAGCUCUGUCGAAGCCUGGCUGCGGAGAAUAGUGGCCUGCCCUCGGGCUCCGUCGCAGUGGCCAUCAUGCCCGUUACCUUGGAUACCCCGAUGAACAGAAAAUCGAUGCCUGACGCAGACUUUAGCUCCUGGACACCGCUGGACUUUGUGGCUGAAAUGUUCUACAGCUGGACGACCGGAGCGGACCGGCCCGCAUCGGGAAGCCUCGUGCAGCUGGUGACAGUGAGUGGGAAGACCGAGGUCACGCCCCUGCAGAAGUGAAGGAGGGCGGAGGGUGGAGGUGACAGAGGGAGCGUGAGCAACCCUGCUUUGCCUCGCCCUAGUCUCUAGCCCCGCCCCUUAAUUCCCAGACGCUGUGGGUUUAGUUCUCUGCUGAACUCUUAGAUGUCGCAAAAACCCUUGAGCCAAAAAUCUAGUAAAAAUGCUGUCAAGUGUUACGUGUCGAGUGCAGUAGAUUCCCACAUGUGGCCUUAACGGUGUGUUUAAACCAGCCUGUCGAGUGUGUGUGCCUCACACGGUCAUGGGGGUAUUUGGUUGCUUGAGAGAAGUAGAUUUCUUUCUUUUUUUUUUAAAAAAAAAAAAAAAAAAUGGUUGCUGGUGCCAUAGUUUACUGAUAUUUUUUGAUCCAUAGUGUGUUUGUCACCACAUCGUUUUACUCGGAAUCUCAGAAUGUCUGUGAAACGUUGGAAUAAAGGCAUCGCACUGCCA